UUCUUCAUUACUCUUCUUUUUCUUUUGAUUAUUAUAUUUGUAUGUUCCUUUUUUUCUGUCUCCUAAAAAGGAAAAAGAUUUAGACUUGAGAGAGAGAGAGAGAGAUGAGUGGGUUGUUUCGAUCCAAAUCUUGUGGAUUCGUCGAAAUCACAGAGUUCAGCCGUGCUACUCUGAGUCCAUUCUUCCACCAAGCCAAAACCGAUGACUAUGAAGCCAGUGACGAAAAAGAAGAGGAAGAAGAGUUUGAUGAUGAUGAAGAAGAUGAACAUGGGUAUGAUGGAAACCCCAUUGCUACGACUCCGUUUAUAAGCCCCAAGUCGAGAUUCGGUGGUCGUAGUGGUCUGGGUCAAACCCGUAGUUCAACGGCAAAAGACAAUAACCAGUUCCAGUUCCCUUUUCUGGAUAUUUUGGCGGCAUUGUUAAGGAAAUCGCUGGUCACGUGCAGCGUGGACACUGACGACGUGUCGUCCAUGGAUAUUAGCUUGCCGACUGAAGUCAGACACGUCUCCCACGUGACUUUCGACCGCUUUAAUGGUUUCCUCGGAUUGCCUACUGAGCUCCAGCGUGAUGUUCCGAGAAGGGUUCCCAGUGCCAGUGUAAGUGUUUUCGGAGUUUCUGCCGCGUCAAUGCAGUGUUGUUAUGAUGACCGAGGGAACAGUGUGCCAACUAUUCUUCUUAUGAUGCAGAAGUGCUUGUAUGCUGAAGGAGGCCUUAAGGCCGAAGGGAUAUUUCGGAUUAAUGCUGAGAAUAGUCAAGAAGAGUAUGUCCGAGAGAAGUUAAACAAUGGUGUGGUACCAUGUGGAAUCGAUGUCCAUUGUUUGGCUGGUUUGAUAAAGGCAUGGCUUAGAGAACUUCCUAGUGGAGUACUUGAUUCCCUCACACCGGAGCAGGUGAUGCACUGCAACACCGAGGAUGACUGCACCGAGCUUGUGAAGUUACUUCCUCAAACAGAAGCUGCUCUCCUUGACUGGGCUAUCAAUCUGAUGGCAGAUGUUGUGCAGCAUGAACAAUACAACAAAAUGAACGCACGCAACGUUGCCAUGGUUUUUGCACCAAACAUGACCCAGAUGGCUGAUCCUUUGACAGCAUUGAUUCAUGCUGUGCAAGUAAUGAACUUCCUCAAGACGCUGAUCUUAAAGACACUUCGCAAAAGGGAGGAGUCAGCUUCCAAGGACAGGUUGCUGCCAUCAUAUUCUCCUAAUGGCAUCAUCGACAUCAACGAGCAAGUUCCGGGUGCAAGUCCAUCUAAGGAAGGUUCCACUGCUAAGCUUUUGAGGGCUGCCACAAUGAGUAGACUGGAAUGUGUCCCUGAUGAGAAACUAAGGGGUUCUCAGACGGGUGAUGGAGAAGAAGAAUUUGAGUCUGUUUCAGGUAACAGCACGCCAAAUGCAUGCGAAAUAAGGACUACUGAAAAUGAAUGUAGGGGUGGAUCUGAUAAUAAGGAGCGGCUAAGUUUAAGAAAAGGUGUCCUGCGGCUAUGCAGGCACCCCGUAUUUCAGUUGAGGAAGUAGACUAAGAAAACCCGAAAUAUCGGGAUUGUAAAUACCAGAGGCAGUGGAGGAGAAGCUUGUGUUUGAUACAUCAGUACUAUAUCCCAAAAUGUUGAUAUGUUUCUUCUCGGUCAUGGAGGCGAUUUCUGGUUGUGUAUGCGAAAUUUAUAGCUUCUAAGAUUUGUUUGGAAGUACUAACUGAAAGAUGUAGAUUAAUCAUAUGCUUCUUAGUCUCCUUGCAUUAUCUUUCGUGAUGUGCAAUAAUAGUGUUCAGAAUUUGACAGAAA